AACACAAAUACAGACUAAACCCAGAACGGCGACUCCUUCUUCACCCCUGAAGAACACCUCUGAAGAGCAAAAUCUGAAACCCAAGUAUUCAAAAGAAGAAUAACCUUGAACAAUCUCUGUGGGUUAUUGAUUGGCGAAGCUAUGGCGUUGCAGAGGCAAAUAUUGAAGAAAUCACUUGGAGAAGCCAAAGCUAAAGCAAAAGCAAAGUUUUGUAAUUACCAGAAUACCCUUCCUCUCUGCGGUUCCUUCUUCUCCACAGCUCCAUCUUCAGCUGAUUCUGAUGAUCGUUUGCCUCAUUUGCCACCAUUAGAUCACGCGCCGAGGAUGUACAAUGGUCCACGCGCCAACCAAGUCUUCCAGAAGAGAAAGAUAUUUCUUUGAUUCUCUUCUACCUUAGCUUAAAUCUUGUUAUAUUUUGAUUAUUAAUUAUUUUUUUAGUUAUUUUGGUUAAUCAUAAUGAGGGACAAUAUAUAUAUAUAUAUAUAUAUAUAGCUGGACUUGGGUUUCAGAUUUUGUUCUUCGGGGGUGUUCUUCACGGGUGGGAAGGGAGACACCGUUUUGGGUUUAGGUUUUAAAAAAAAAAUUAACUUUUUUUUAAAUUAACUUUUUUUUCUAAAAUUCAGAAAACAAAUUUAAAAUAAUUAAAGUGUAAAACGGCGUGUUUUGUAUAAGUUAACGGUACAAUUUGAUGGAUAUUAAACUGAGGAUUGAAUUGAGUAUAAUUGAAAUUUAGAAGACUAAAAUGAUAAAGGGCAAACUUCGAGUACUGAAAUGAUAAAAUCUGAAACUUAGAGGGUGAGUUUUGUAUUUUAGCUAUAUAUAUGAUUUUUGUGCUUUUGUAUGCACCAAACGGGUACCCUGGUUCUUGUUGGUCACUGACCUCUGCUUUGUAACAUAGGAAACACCUUAGAAAGUGAGAUGUAUCCAAUUAGAUAUGUGGCUAUUUCCAAUAUAUUGUUUGUCUAGUUUGAAUGUUAUGAUGGUUAGGAGUUUUGUUCAUUUAAAGUGAGUCAAAUUAAAGCCAAGUUUCUUGAUAAUGACUUGGAACUUGGAAGCAUAGUUCUGAGUUUAUUUUAUGGUAGACCAACCGAUUUUCUUAUGCAAAAUUUCAAAUAUAUAGCUAACCAAAGUUUCUGAACUCUCAAAAGAAGCCAGAGUGGUGGUCAAUGAUUAAAAUGUUGGAGAAAAUGAUGAACCAUGAGAUAGUUAAAGAGUUUCUCUAGAUCACAUGUUUUCCUUAUAACUACAUCAUUGUUGAACUUUGUGUUUGUCGAAUUUUUAUUGAUUAGAUUGUUCUGUAACUGAUUUCAUCAAGCAAUUUUGAGUAUUUGAUCAGACUAUAAACAAGGACAUUUGAUAAAACUUAGAAAUAUGGUAAAAGCCUGAAAGCCUGAUCAACCUCUAAAAUGUUUCAUUCAAGUUAUGGUUUGGUGUAGCUUUGCUGCAAAGAUCACUAUUGCAAUUGUGAUGAUCGGAAGCCAUUAAUGUAAACCUUGGAAGCACAAUUUUCUUGAUUUAAUUUUAUAUUGGAAUUAAGAAAAUGUAACUAGAUUUUGUGCCCACAGAGGCUCCCUGAAAAAGUUUGUAAGGGAACAUGGGGAUAAACUUUCUAGCGUUGCUACACUUGCUGUUCCUAAUGGCUGCACUUGGCAAGUGAGGUUGGAGAAGGCUAACAACAAUAUUUGGUUUCGUGGCAGCUGGAGGGAUUUUGUCGAGUAUCAUUCUAUCAAUUAUGGGUACUUCCUAGUCUUAAUACAAAGGGAACUCAAAAUUCCACAUUCUUGUGUUUGAUAUGACUACUACUGAGAUUAAGUAUCCAUCUAAUGGGGAUAAAAAAAGGCAGGGCAAUUUGAAUGAAAGUGAAAUGUCUACUCCACAAGAGUUGUCUGUAAGAGAGGAAGUAGAUACUGAAUUGAUCAUUAUAGAAAACCUUCCCAUGUCUUCAACAAGAGGAUCUGUGUUAUCUGGAGGAGGAAAAAGGGCAUUGCAAGCAGCCAGAAUGUUCAAGCCAAAAAAUCCUUCUUUCAUCCGUGUCAUUCCGGCAUAUAGUUUAAAACGCAAUGUUAUGUAUGUCUGUCCUGAAUUUGCAAAAAAGUAUGCUCGUGGGAAAAAAAAUGUCAAGCUUCAGGCUUCUAGUGGAAAAUGGUGGCCUUGCCAGUUUUGUUUCAAGAAUGGUACAACUUCACCCAAGACAAUCGGCAAGGGAUGGAAACCAUUUGCUAGAGACGAUGGUAUAAAGGAAGGGGAUGUAUGUGUCUUUGAGUUGAUCAACAGGAUGGAAGUUGUGCUGAAAGUUUCAAUAUUUCGCGUAACUGAGUUUGCAUGACAAGUAAAAAAACCUUCAGACUUGGACAACUUGCCUAAACUUGUGGUAGGUGAUUUUGACGUGAAACUAAACAUGGUACCUAUUUUCUUAUUGGGAUUUUGAUUACUAGAAGGACUAGGUAUCUUAAUGCCCAGAUCUUUUGGUAAGUUUUGUCUAUUUACUAGAUCUUGUUGAAAAAAAUUUGUAAUUCCAAACUAUGUUAUUAAUGCUUAAGCUAUUUUGUAAUUGCCUAUACUUGGACUGUGGAAAGCUGGGAAUUACACUCUUUGAGGAAUCAGCCUAUCAGAAGGCAAUUAGAA